GGCGGGGGCCGGGGCUGAGGCGGCGGCCGGGGGUCGCGGGCCGCGCCGGGCCGGGGGCGGAGGAGCAGAGGCGGAGGAGGUGGAGGCCUGGCGGCCGGGCAGGGGCGCCAUGGCGGCGGCCGAGACGAAGAUCAUCUACCACCUGGACGAGCAGGAGACGCCGUACCUGGUGAAGCUGCCGAUCCCGGCGGAGCGCGUCACCCUCGGCGACUUUAAGGGCCUCCUCAACCGCCCCAACUACAAGUUCUACUUCAAGUCCAUGGACGACGACUUCGGGGUGGUGAAAGAAGAAAUCUCAGAUGACAAUGCCAAGCUUCCCUGCUUCAACGGCCGGGUGGUGUCAUGGCUGGUGUCUGCAGAGGGUUCCCAUUCAGAUGCUGGCUCAGUCUGUGCCGAUAACCAGACAGAGCUGCCACCCUCCAUGGAGCGCACGGGAGGAAUUGGAGACUCUAGGCCCCCCUCUUUCCACCCUAACACCGGGGGGAGUCGGGAAAACUUGGACAAUGAGACAGAGACAGACUCGGUGGUGUCAUCGCAAAGGGAACGACCUCGUCGGAAAGAUGGGCCUGACCAUGCACCCAGGGUGAAUGGGACAGUGAAGGGAGAGCGGCGCCGAGACCUGGGCGGGUACGAGAGCUCCUCCACGCUCAUGAGCAGUGAGCUGGAGACCACCAGCUUCUUUGAUUCAGAUGAAGAUGACUCCACCAGCAGGUUUAGCAGUUCGACAGAGCAGAGCAGUGCUUCCCGUUUAAUGAGGAGGCACAAGCGACGCCGACGGAAACAGAAGGCUCCACGCAUUGAGCGGUCAUCGUCCUUCAGCAGCAUCACAGACUCCACCAUGUCCCUGAACAUCAUCACGGUCACGCUGAACAUGGAGAAAUACAACUUUCUGGGCAUUUCUAUUGUGGGACAGAGCAAUGAGCGUGGGGAUGGAGGCAUUUACAUUGGCUCUAUCAUGAAGGGUGGCGCUGUGGCAGCUGAUGGCAGGAUUGAGCCAGGAGACAUGCUCUUGCAGGUAAAUGACAUCAACUUUGAGAACAUGAGCAAUGAUGAUGCAGUGCGGGUGCUGAGGGAGAUUGUGCACAAGCCGGGGCCCAUCACCCUGACGGUGGCCAAGUGCUGGGACCCCAGCCCCCGGGGCUGCUUCUCGUUACCCAGGAUUGCUCCCCAGCGGAUCUGGGCUGGGCCAGACUCUCCAUGCUCCGAUCCGGGUGAGCCCAUCCGGCCCAUCGACCCGGCAGCCUGGGUGUCUCACACAGCAGCGAUGACUGGCACCUACCCAGCGUACGGUAUGAGUCCAUCCAUGAGCACAAUCACUUCCACCAGCUCCUCCAUCACCAGCUCCAUCCCAGAGACUGAACGCCUCGAUGACUUUCACCUGUCCAUCCACAGCGACAUGGCCACCAUUGUCAAAGCCAUGGCCUCACCAGAGUCAGGCCUGGAGGUGCGUGACCGCAUGUGGCUGAAGAUCACCAUCCCCAAUGCCUUCAUUGGUUCAGAUGUGGUGGAUUGGCUCUAUCACCACGUGGAGGGUUUUACGGACCGUCGUGAAUCCCGCAAAUAUGCCAGUAACCUGCUGAAGGCUGGUUACAUCCGACAUACCGUGAACAAGAUCACCUUCUCGGAGCAAUGCUAUUACAUCUUCGGGGACCUCUGUGGAAACAUGGCUAAUCUUUCUCUUCACGAUCACGAUGGCUCCAGUGGUGCCUCCGAUCAGGACACUUUGGCUCCACUCCCCCACCCAGGAGCUGCACCCUGGCCUAUGGCUUUCCCGUACCAGUAUCCACCACCUCAUCCAUACAACCCCCACCCUGGCUUCCCUGACCCAGGCUACAGCUAUGGAGGGGGUAGUGCAGGCAGCCAGCACAGUGAAGGGAGCCGGAGCAGUGGUUCCAAUCGCAGCGGCAGCGAGAGGAGGAAGGAGAGAGAGAAGACCGGGGAGUCCAAGUCUGGCGGCAGUGGGAGUGAGUCGGACCACACCACGAGGAGCAGUAUGCGGCGUGAGCGUGCGGCCAGCGAGCGCUCAGUGCCAGCCAGCCAGCACAGCCAGCGUAGCCAGCACUCUCUGGCUCACAGCAUCCGCAGCCACCACAGCCAGCAGUCGUACGGGCCACCCGGCCUCCCCCCUCUCUUCAGCCCCCCCAUGUUGCUGAUGCCUCCACCACCUUCAGCCAUGGGGCCCCCUGGGGCGCCGCCAGGCCGUGACCUGGCCUCUGUGCCCCCCGAACUGACAGCCAGUAGACAGUCCUUCCGAAUGGCCAUGGGCAACCCCACAAAGAAUUACGGGGUGUUUGACUUUCUCUGAGCCUGCCGCCCGUGGGGGGGAGAGCUGGAGCGUGGCGUGGCCCGACAGGAGGACACAGAGCUCCAAGGGCGCUGGGCACACGUGGCGCUGAAGAUGGCUUCUUUCCUCCCCCUUGUGGAAGACGCCUUGCCCUUCCCUUCCCACAGCCCUGAGAGGGGAGCAGGGACCAGCCUUAUAUAUGCGUUUUAAAUCCUGUUGUAGUUGCCUUUUGGCUAAUGCAUGAAUGUUCCAGGGCUUCAGUGCCUCUGGGGAGUGGAGAAAUGCUGCUGCUUCCCACUUGCCUCCCUCCUCUUGCCUACAUAUUGGGCCGGGUCUGAGCCUGGCACUGCUCCAUGGCAGGACCCUCCUUUACUUUACCUGGCCUGGCCUGCGAGUCUCUGGGCUGGGGCUGUACCUCUGCAUUCAGCCUGGAGCAGCAGUGGCUGCCUGUGCAGCCUUGCAUGACUCACAGCCCUGCACCUGUCUGUGGGUACUCGGUGGAGGAGCAGAUUUAAGGGCAGAGUUCUGCUCCCUCUGUCCUGCUUUUUGCUCUCCUCCCUGCGACGUACUGCUGCCUGUCCCAUUUGUAGGGGCUGUCCCAUGUCUGGGGCUGGCGAUGGCAGCUGUGGCCUUCUCCCUGCUGCUGUUGCACUGCUGCUGCUCACCAGUGUGACAUCUUCAAGGACCUGGAUGCAGUUAGAAAGUGAGGGACGGGCACAAGUGAUUUGUUUUCAUGCUUUGGGGAAACAUAGAGGUCCCCUAUAUUUGCCCUAUGAAGGGUCUAAGGCUGCCUCCUACUCUGCCCAGCACCACAAGCGCUGCUAGCCUGGCUGCUGGGAGGGAUGAGGCUCUGGGAUGGCCCCGCUCCCUUUAGGCAAUAUGAGCUCUCUGGGGAUGGAUGCUGCAGACUGAACUGUGGCCUCUGGACUCAGUGCCGGCAGAUGUGUCAGGACAGUUGAGUCCAUUUGCUAUGGUGCUCCCUGCCCUUUUUCCUUUUCUGGGUACUCAGAGACAUGCCUCAGGCUGGGGGCAGCCCCCUUCCCCACACCCAGGGACGGUACAGUACGGUACAAACAUGCUUCACCCUGAUCUUGUUGGUGCUGGCGCCCUGGCGCCCUCUCCUACGGCCACGCCAUGGCUUUCUCUGCAAGUGUUGCCUCCUUUUGUCUUUGUGUUUGCAGUUUUUAUACGCUGAAGAUGAAAUGUAUUUUGCUCCUGAGGGGUCUGUGUUGCCCCUGCAACCCCUCUGCUAGCUCUUUCAUGACAUCAGUUCAUCUCCCCCCGACUCUCUAAAGCCUCUCUUCUCCCCCUGCCCACUGGAGCCAGCUUGCCCAGUGCCCACUCUCUGCCAUCUUCCUGUCCCCUGGUCUCAGCACCAGCAAGCUGCUGCCUGUGCCCCCCCCUUUCCUCAUGCCCCCCAGCAGCCUCCCUGGGCACUGCUCAUGCCCUUGCCCUACCCUGCUUCUUGGGUUUUAUAAAAACAAAACCAAUCUCCUUGUUUUUAUUUAUAAACAUAGUUUUAUUGGA